GCGGGCUCUCCCGGGCGGCGCGCGCUCGGCGGAGCCGCCGGCGCUCGGCCCCUCAUGGCCAAGCGGCGCGCGGAGCCGUUAGUGUGUCACGUGCCCGUCAAACGGCUCCUGCGCGAGCCGCCGCCGCCCCCCCGCGCCGCGGCCCCCGAGCGGCGCCCCCGGGGGGAAGCGGCGAGCGCCGGCCCCGCCGCCGCCAAGCGGAAGCUGGAGGAGGCUGAGGCGCCGCCGGGAAAGCGGCCGGGGCUGCGGGGGAGCAGCCCCCGCGGGGAGCAGGGGGACGCGGGCGGCGGGCGGCGGCGGCGCGGGGGGCUCGCGGCGCCCCAGGACGAGAGGACGGCGGAGAGACGCGCCGGUGGCCGGGGCAAAGAGAGGGCGGCAGCCGCCGCUGAGCAAGAAGAUUUCUGUCAGUAUAACUCCUUCCUGUAUUGGAGAGCACCAUUGCCUACUGUUGAUGUGACCGAUAUUCAGAACCUAGAUGGAGAGACUCCACCAGAAGCUAAAACUCCUUCAAGGACUGAUACCAUGGAGACUGAAAUGGAGACCUGAGGAGUUUUUUCAUAGUUUUGCAUCUACUUGGAGGAAACUUGUUUUUGUUUGGCUUCAAGUUUUUCUACUUGGAAGAAAAAUAAGCAUGUUUCUGCCUUCUUGAAGAAACAGUGUUGUGUUAGUCUGCAAAAGCAAGUCAGUCUUAGUGGAUGGGAUUAUCACUGUGGGAUGCUUAAUAGUACACUGUCUGGAGGUACACAGUGUGGAACAGGCUAAAAUUUCUAGCAAGUAUGCUAGAAAACAUGGAGGCAGACUAAAAGAAAACUACAAAAUAUUAGAACUUUGGGAUGCAAUUAAAAGAAACAGGUAGAUAUAUUACAUGCGGAAGGCAAGUGAAAUAAUUUUGCUUGUCGUGAACAAAGAAGAUUGAACUGUGGUAGCUGAAGGUGAAAUAUUUAUCAUGUGAAUUUAUCAUAAAGCACAGAAACUAGUGAUUUUUAAUGUUUUGUUCUGGGUUUUGGUUGGUAUGUUGCUUGUUUUUUUUCCAUGUAAUAGCUAAACCAAAGUAAGAGUCUACCAAAACCAGACAAAACAUUCCCUUCCCUAUGCAAACCAAAACCAAGUGUGGCAGGGAGAGGGAAGGAAAAGGGGAUCUUCUAUGUUGUAAGCUGCCGUUGUUCUGAAAGUUUUUCAUACACUUGUGAAGAAGUUUUUUCACUUUCUCCUUUUCACAUUGCCCAAAGCAGUGGGCAGCCUAGGUUUUUGGUCCAUUCUCAAGUUAAUGCUAUUCUUAUUCUUUGUGAUGUAAGCUUUGGUAGCAUCAAAGUGGCAGGUGUGCACAGAUAUUUCAAGAAAAAAUAAUGCAAUGUAAAAUUACUGCAUAUGCUUUUCAAACAUAACUGACUGAGGUGUAGUUUUUGUAGAGACUAUGGAUCUUGCAAAACAUUUUUACAGAAGUUCAUUGAAUUAGUGGUUUUUUGCUGUGAAAUAUGAGCUUAAUGCUUGUCUUUUGUAAUUUAUUUACAAGUUGAAGUACAAUUAGAAAUACUUGUCUUUAAUAAUAGACUGAAGUCAUAUGGACAAACUGUCAAGACUUAGCAAAUGUGAUUUGUCUUUAAGGAUAGCAAACACUGUACUUUUGUUGGAAUAUCUUGUGUUUUUUUCCAUUUAUUUUUUUAAAUAAUGUAUUUGCUGAAGGACAAUAAAGUUUCAUCUGUGUGUAUUUCAGAACUUUGGGACUACAACUGUGUGAAGUUGCUUCGAUAACUUUGUCAUUUUGGGGUCUUUUUGCUUAAAGGAGCUUUUCAGCCUUCUUAGUAAACAUCCAGAAGCUUUUUUUUUUUCUCAGUAUUUGUGCCAUGAGGUACCCUUUUUGUUAAUUGCUUGUUUGUUUAGAUUGUUAGGGUCUGUAGUACCCAUAAAAGGAAGGAGGUGUCUCAGUGACUCAGGCAUUUAAUGGUGCUUGUUUGGAUAUUAUUCUGCUGGCUAUCAGGUUAGCUGGAUACAUAAUUAAACAGUAUUUAUUUUUCUUAUGCAAUGUCAAUUACAUUUUUUAGGUCCAAUUAUGUCUUCUUGUCUUAGGAGGUACUUUAAAAGUGUUAUUAAAAACAAAAUACUUUUUUUGGCAAGACUGCAACUGCUAUUACAUGUUUACUAUAACCAAAAUAAAUUACAUAGCUUUAUUAAUUUGUUUCAGA